AAUUCUCCACUUUCCUUCAUCCGGACACCAUUUUUAACUGGUGAGGCCUUUUCUUGUUUAACCGCUCGGCGAGGACAUCAUGUUUUGAAUACUCAUCUUGAAUUGCCUCUGGUGCUACUCCGAUGCUGGCAUUGUUCAUAGUUUUUCCACUCGAGCUACAGGAACUCUUCCAAGGUUCACCCUUGAGCUCAACAUGCUCGAGGAUAUAAAUCCACCUUCGAAAAGGUUGAAGAGAACAGGAAGUCCUGGUAGCUCCUCUUCAAAUACGGAAUCCGGAUCAGAUGCUUUGUCCCUUGAAAUCCGUAUACCUCCAUCAGAAACGGAGGUUGGAUAUAAUGAUGAUUAUGGGAUCGACAAUAAUAGUAGCGCAGAAGAUUAUCUGCCUAGCACCCAAACAGAUUUAGAGACCGCUCUUCUCCCUAUAAAAACAGACAAUGAAGCGAUCGCGAACUAUGAGAUUUCAAAGGCCCAAGAAAUAAAGAUCGAAAAAGGUGCAAAGAGCCUUCAGCGCUACGAGGAACGACAUUGGGUGAAAGGCAAAAGCUCCAUAUAUGUGGAUGCGUUCAAUCUCGCAUUAGAGAACGUUUUGGAAGAUGAAGCCCAUUUGUUUGACGAAACAGAAAUGGCUGUAUUUAAUCAUUGGAGAGGAUUACCCUAUGAAUCACAAUAUUUAUACGUGCGACUCUUUCUACGCAAAACGUCAGCGUGGCAUCGGGUCAACCGCCUCGGUUACUAUCAAGAUAUCGCGGAUAUGCCUGCCACGGUCGAGGAUUUGAGGCAAAGCAGGAAGCUCCCAAUCUCAUUUCCUCCACCUCAGUCCUCAAUUCUUACCGCACUGAAAUCUCCUGACGAAGUCGUUCUUGGUGAAAUGUUUCAAUUCGCUGAAGGAUUGGAACAAAUAAAUACGCUCGAAGAAGCAUCUUCCUUGCUACUUCUAGACGAAUUGAAAUCUUUGUCGAAGGAAGCCAAAGUUCAGGGCAAAAAUAAGAAGGAGCUGUUGAAAGGAUUGCGUGAGUCCAGCACGACGCAAUCAGGACUGGGCUGGCCCCUGCGAUACAAGCCAGACGACGGUGCAUCCAGUGAUAUUGACCCAAAUCAGAUCAGUAAUUUGCUAAGUCGAGGGAAUACUCGAGAUUUGUACUUCACGAAGAAGAUCCUCGACCACACGGGCGAUUGCAUCAGACUCUCUUCUGCGCCACUAAGACUCUUCGAGAGGGUUCAUUUGCUAUUUUAUCGGUCCACGGAAUGGACUGAAAAAUCCUUGACAACCAUCAUCCUGGCGAAAAUUUCACGGAGAAAUUAUCCAAAUUAUAUCGUUUCCCGUUCCAAUUCCAUUUUCCCCUCCAGAUUUGCACUGCUCGAGUUUGAAGCUGCCUUACGAGUGCAGUUUGAUAUCGACAGCACUUUGGAGUCACCUAAUAUGCCCAUCAUGGAGAAGUUAGCUCUUAUUAAGUCUUCAGCUGAAAGUGUUUACGAAAGGUGGAAGGCGCUGGUCGCCGAAGAGCAACGGAAGGAAGAACGCGUCUAUGAAACGGGAGAGGGCGCAUACCUACGCCGAUUUUCUCCUGCAUGGGUUUACACUCGGAUCAUUCAUAAAGGCCUAUAUGCCUUGGGCCGUUUCAAGGAAUAUAAACGAGAGCAUGAGUUACUCACAGAACUUCUUGACCAGCGUUUGUUCCACUCUUCUCGUCGAGGAGCGUGGUACCAGCGCAAAGCUCUGCUUGAAGAACAUUAUAUGUGGUCUUUGACCCCUUCUGAGAACCGCUCAGAAGAGAUGCAGAGACGGGAGUGGAAACGAAAAGCUCUCCGUACAUGCGAAGGAGGCCUUGAAGAUCCCGACUGUCAUUUGAUAUACCACUAUGAUUUACAAAAACGAAUUACAAAGUUGGAGAAGUCGCUAAAGGUCACAAAGCGCGAGCAACACGAUUUUGGACAUGUGAUGUUGGUUAAACCAGAAGAACGUAUCGUGGAAGGGAUUCGGAUUGAAAAGGAUAUCCCAAUCAAACCUGGUUCUAAGAACAAUAUAAGUUCCAUAUCUCGAAGAGGUAGACCUACGGUUUGGGUGGAUGAACGAGAAGGUGGAGGCGAGUGUAGAGUCGAAAGCAUGUGCCUAAGCUGGUAUAGAGACAACGGAUGGAAGGGUUUCCACUGCGAGAGUGGCAUCGUUCGAACACUGUUCGGGUAUCUCUUCUAUGAUGUGCUCUUCACAUACGUCCCCAACGUCUUCCAAACACCUUUCCAGACCUGCCCCUUAGACCUACACACAGACUCUUUCUAUCCGACCCGCGCUUCAGAAAUAAAUCACAGGCUUGCCCAGAUAGCCAACGGUGAUGCUGAAAAGCUUAUCCGUGAAGUGCAUGACCGCGAAGCGGAGAAAGAAACAUGCGCCAUCGGCAUCGACUGGUCGUUCAACCUCUCCGACCUAGUUGAGAUUGCACAGUGUUUCCGUGGUGAGGCCCUAGCUACUGUGUGCAAAGUCAUGGCGCAGGAAUAUCAGCAACGGGGCGGAGGCAUUCCAGAUUUAUUCCUUUGGAGCGUAGAGAGGAAGGAGGUUAUGUUUGUGGAGGUGAAGUCUGAGAAUGAUCGGCUAAGUGAUACCCAGCGGUUGUGGAUUCAUGUGCUUACUGGUGCUGGAGUGAGGGUUGAGCUGUGCAAUGCUGUUGCGAGGGAGGUUAGGGUUGAAACUCCCGUGAUUUAAAUUUUGUUAGAGUUGUUGUUUAGUGUUGGAUGACAUCGUGAUGCUGCAUUUCUUCAUAAAUAUACCCGUAUAUAGACUGUUCGGAUAUAGUUUGCACAUAUCCUUCUUGAUCUCUUCCCACAUCUGGUUUGCUGUUCCUGUGAUUUUCUCGCUUCUUCUACGCGCCAUUAUUGAUAAUUUUUGUUCUGGUGAUAGAAUUUCCAAGGAUUGACUUGAAACUAUUCCAGUAUGUCUGAGAUAGUACGUCUAGUUCUUCGAGUACUUGCUUACUCACGACUCGAAAUCCGGCUUAACUGGUGAAUACGCAACACACAAAGUCGGAUGGUAUAAAAAUAUGAGAAAUACUUGUAUCAAUGAAUUUCGAGUGUGCUUGUUAAAAGGUUCAUGCACAUGAAUAGUAUAUACACACUUGUGC